AUGCACCGAAUGAUGGACGAGUGGAGGGAGGGACAGGAGCGGAGGAUGGGGCAGGAGGGGAGGGAGGAGGACAGGCGGGACAGAAAACCUGAGCUGGUAACGAGGGGUUUGGAGGGGCAAGGUGGCCGGUCGUUUGAGUCAACUCUUGAGUCGGCUCAAAGGUUGGAGGGUCAAGGUAGCCGGUCUUUUCCUGAGUUUUUAAAGCCGCACCAGCUGUGGGAUUUGGAUCCAUCUGAUACUGAGCUUUCAGGGCCGGAAGUGCCUGGGUCAUCUUGUGAUGGUGGUGGUGUUACUGCUGAGGGUGCUGGCACAGCCACAGACCCGUUUGACUUCCUUGACAAGCCGGUUGUUAAGUCGAGAUUAGCGCUUCUUAAGGAGAAGAAGAAGAAGGAAGUUGGGUUCAAGACUCCUCAAAAGGAGAAGAAAAAAGGGGUUGCGGGUU